UCUCCUUUUUCCGGGUGCUGCUGCCCUCCGAGAUCUUCCCGCCGAGCCCAGGCGCGGGGCAUGAAGAGCCCCUGGGUAUCGCCUGCAGACAGCCCGACCGCGCGCACACCUCGCCAGCCGUUGACGGGGACAUGAGCGGCAUGAUCGGUCUCUGGUGCUCGGGCGCCAGCCUUAGCCGGAGGUGGCCAGUGGGUCUGCGCUGCCUGGGAGAAUGAGGCAGGAACCCACCUCUCUCUCCUCCUCGCCUUCCUCUAGCUCCCGCGCCCCGGGCCCGGGCCGGGCUGUGGCUCUACUGCGUGCCCUGCGCGCCCCCCACCUGCCUCCGGAUGCUCUUCUCGGUUAGCCUGGCGAGGAAGAUAAAGACAUUUGCGACCAAGAUGGUAAUCACGAGUGGAAAUGAUGAAGAUCGGGGAGGCCAAGAGAAAGAGAGCAAAGAAGAGAGCGUGCUGGCCAUGCUGGGCAUCAUUGGGACCAUCCUGAACCUGAUCGUCAUCAUCUUUGUGUACAUAUACACCACUCUAUGAAAGGCCCCACAUAUCCUGGGCGGCAUCAGGAUGGCCAGGAGACAAGGCUCCUGUGCGUCCAUAGAUUGGUAAGCACACACCGCAGGGGGCCCGUAGGUUUGCGUACCACGCACUGCCCUAUCAAUGCACCUUCAAACUUUCUCAUGGGUCAACAAAUGAACCCACCCUUCUAUGAGGAGCAGACACUCUGAAGCACAAUGAAUCCAACGAAACUCAUUCAGGCCACAAGGAACUCAGUGUCUCUGUCAAGGGACCUGGCCAGAUGCUGGAGCAACCAGCCUUUGGCCCUAGUGGUGAGGAAAUGCCUCGUCCUGGAGUGCUGACCACACCCCACCCUGGAAAAGAGAACGGCUGUGGCACACGCAGCUCAGCUGCCCACCUCCCAGGACGAGCAGGAUAAGCUCUAGGUGGGGCUCACUGGCAGGCAUCCCAUUUAUCAAAUGUUUCCAGCUGUUUGAUACGGGAGAUUACUUAUUUUUCCUUUUUCAUUGGCUUGAUGUGUGUACCUGUUCAUAUCAAGGUUUAUAAAUAUAUAUUUUUAAUAAAUGUGCUCUAUUUUUUAGCAUGAACCAAAUAUUUGGAGAAGCGCUUCUGGAUCCAUAGCUCUUCUUGGUUUUAAUCGCUUUGCUUUAUCAACUGCAGGACAUCUUUUUCCGUAGCUGUCCCGUGGUCUCAGCUCAUCUCAACUCUUUUGCCUUCAUGCUCUUCUCCUUCCCCACCUCUGCCCCUCCUCUCUUUCUCCUUCCACCCGUUCCUCCCCAGUCUCUAGUUCUCCUCUCCUCCCUUUCAUUCUCUCCUUUCCUUCACUCUCAUUCUGCUCCCUCUCCCCCUCUACUCUCUCUUCUCCUCACCUUUCUCCUCUCCUCAUGGCUGGACUAGAGGACCUUUUUUCUGUAUUGCCAGCCGCGCUCUUGGCUGGUGCAUGAUUCAAGAUUGUCGAGUGGCUUUUUGUUGUUCCGUCAGAGAUGUGAAUGGAUUGUGGGCAUGCAGACCUUAGACGCGCCCUGCCCUUGCUGACAAUUAUGCAUGAACAAGGGCCAAGGGCAGAUCAGCUUUCAACCUGUUUUCAAAGGACUACCACUGAGGAAGAUGAGUGUGUCCCUGCCUGCAGGUCACCCGUGAGAUGGAGCAGUCACCAGCUCACUGGCAGCAUUGCUCAUUCACUCCUGUAACCACGUUUAUGAGAUUUUUAUUUAUUUAUUUUUGUGUGUGUGACCGUGAGCAAUGGGAACGGGGUAAGCUCAAUGUGCAGUAUGCCACCCUUUCCUUGGUGAGACGCCUAGGGGUGGGGUCUCUUCGGAAGCCAGUGAGAUGUGAACAAUGUGAAAACUCCCCACUGCAAGAACGUGCACACAGUCAGUUCCUGCUGUAAAGACACUGCUGUGACAAGUGACCCUUCAAGGGCAUUGGAAGGGGGCUUAAUGAUCUCUGUAAAGGACCCCUGCGCAUUUUAAAGCUGGUUUCCACCCACACAGAGCUUUUUCCUCUCUGACGGGAUGGUUAGAUAGCUACAAACUUCCCCUGCUCCCUGGCUCCCUAACCUAGCUCCAGCCUGGCUGCAGUGGACAGCUCAUUCCGACAUGAGCAGAAAUGGCAGCAGCCUGCCCCAUUGGAUUCAGGUGACACUGAGGGGGGAGAUCUGCCUGCCCCCUUCCUUAAGUGGCACCAUGAAGGAGGAGUCAUUUCUUGGGCUCCACUAAGGGACCAGUCUUUUUUUUUUUUUUUUAA